AUGGACGUCGUGAAGGCGGUCGAGACGUACAUAACCAAGAUGGUGUCCACACCGUCGACAAUGAAGGUGUUAUUGCUAGAUAACCAUACAACACCUAUUGUCUCCCUCUCAGCCACCCAGUCCAUUCUCUUGUCGCACCAGGUCUACCUCACAGACAAAAUAGACAACAAGAAACGCGAUCGCAUGGCACACAUGAAAUGCGUCUGCUUCCUACAACCUAGCGAAGACAGCUUCGACGCACUGGCCGCCGAACUCCGCGAGCCCAAGUAUGGGGAUUACUAUCUCUACUUCAGCAACAUUUUGAGCAAAACAGCAAUCGAGCGAUUAGCGGACGUCGAUGAGUACGAGGUUGUACGCGAAAUACAGAUUACGCCCCGGUCUCCUUCUCUCUUUUCCCUCAACCACUCACCCUCUGCAUCAAGACCUCUGUACGGCAACAAUGCCAACACUUGGGAUCCCAAAGCACUCGAGCUGGCUCUACAGAAGAAACCGGUCAUUCGGUAUGAGAAGUCCAGUCCUAUGGCGAAGAAGCUGGGUGUCGAGAUCCAGCAUCGAGUACAAACUGAGUCGCAGUUGUUCGACUUCCGCUUGACCCAGGUGCCUCCUCUGCUACUCAUCUUGGACCGGAGAAACGACCCAGUCACACCGAUGCUGUCGCAAUGGACGUACCAGGCAAUGGUUCACGAACUGCUCAACAUUCAGAAUGGUCGUGUGGACCUCAGCAUUGUGCCAGAUAUUCGCCCAGAACUCAAGGUAUUGAAUAUCCCCUCUCACACUCACGACAUCACGGACCCGUUCUUCCAGGCGCAUCAUCUGGCGACUUUUGGUGACCUCGGCACGGGGCUAAAGUCAUACGUACAGUCGUACCAGUCACAUUCAUUGGCGAACAACCCGUCUUCUAUCCAGUCCAUCUCGGACAUGAAGCGUUUCGUUGAGGAGUAUCCGGAGUUCCGCAAGCUCGGUGGAAAUGUCAGCAAACACGUCGCUAUUGUGGGCGAGCUUAGUCGGCUGGUGGAGCGUGACAAGCUUCUGGAGCUUGGGGAGAUCGAGCAAGGAUUAGCGACUGGGAGCGGAGCUGAUCUCCGGAACGUACAAGCAUUGAUCACGAAUCCAGCAAUCCAACCAUGGAAUAAGCUCAGACUCGUAAUUCUCUAUGCGCUGCGAUAUCAGAAGACGCAAGCGCAGAACGUCGCAUCGCUCGUUAAUCUGAUGCUCGAGAAUGGUGUCUCAAGGGAAGAUGCGAAGUUGGUGUAUGUCCUGCUGAACAUCGCAGGCUCGGAUCAGCGACAGGAGGACCUAUUUUCGGCCGAAGCACUCUUCGCUAAAGGACGGUCAGCACUGAAGGGGCUCAAAGGGGUCGAGAACGUGUAUAUGCAGCACACACCACACCUCUCGCAAACUCUAGAGAACCUCUUCAAAGGCCGGCUCCGUGACACCACUCAUCCUUUCUUGGAUGGAGCAGGUCCGAAUGCCGGAUUGCAGCGCCCCGGAGACGUCAUCAUCUUCAUGAUCGGCGGUGCCACGUACGAAGAGGCACGCGUGGUCGCCAUGCUGAACCAAGAGGCAUCCUCGGGUGGCCCGUCAGCUGCCGCGGGGACACGUCUCCUACUCGGUGGAACAUGCGUACACAACUCUUCGAGCUUCUUGGAAAUGGUCCGCACGGCUGCGGUCAACUUCCCCGCCUCGGUGCAUGAGCCACCUCCUGGGUCGUCCAGCAACAUGCCAUCACUGAACCUGAACCUCGGCGGAGUAAAUGUCAGUCUUGGUGGGGCUGCUCCUGACCGUACUGGCGCGCUAUUGACCCUCAUUGCCGCGGCCAUCAUCUUCUCGUUCACAACCGUUGAAUUCAUCGAUUACCGCCGCGUCGCGGUCGACACCUCCAUCAUCGUCGACCGGAGUCGCGGCGAGAAGCUUACGGUCAACAUGAACAUCACCUACCCGCGCGUGCCGUGCUACCUCCUCAGUCUGGAUGUCAUGGACAUCAGCGGGGAGACGCAGUCGGACGUGACGCACAACAUCCUCAAGACCCGGCUGGACGAGAGGGGUGUCGCGGUGCCGAACUCGGUCAUAACGGAGCUCCAGAACGACCUUGACAAGAUCAACGAGCAGCGCCAGGGCGGCUACUGUGGGUCUUGCUACGGUGGUGUUGAACCUGCGAACGGAUGCUGCAACAGUUGUGAGGAUGUGCGGCAGGCGUACGUGAACCGGGGAUGGAGCUUCAAUAGGCCGGAUUCUAUUGAGCAGUGCGUCAAGGAGGGUUGGGCAGAAAAGCUGAAGGAUCAGGCACACGAGGGAUGCAACAUCGCUGGCCGUGUUCGCGUGAACAAGGUCGUCGGCAACAUCCACCUCUCCCCUGGUCGCUCGUUCCGCACCAGCGCGAUCAACCUUUACGAACUCGUGCCGUACCUCCGUACAGACGGAAACCGACAUGACUUCACGCACACGAUCCACCACCUGGCGUUCGAGGGCGACGACGAGUACGACCUGAACAAGGCGAAGCUCGGCAAAAACCUCAAGGAGCGUCUAGGUAUUUCAGCGAACCCAUUGGAUAACACACAGGGCAGGACGAUCAAGCAACAGUACAUGUUCCAGUACUUCCUCAAGGUCGUCUCAACACAGUUCGAGACUCUCGACGGCAAGUCGGUAAACACGCACCAAUACAGUGCCACCCACUUCGAACGCGACCUCGACAAGGGUCCGUCAGAUAGCACAUCGGAGGGCCUCCAUCUCGCGCACGGCAACGGAGGUAUCCCCGGCACGUUCUUCAACUACGAAAUCUCCCCCAUCCUCAUCCGCCACACCGAGACUCGCCAGUCUUUCGCACAUUUCCUCACAUCGACAUGCGCAAUCGUCGGUGGAGUGCUCACUGUGGCGUCUCUCGUGGACAGCCUCCUCUUCGCGACGCGCAAGGCGUUGAAGAAGACUGGUGGACACUCAUCCCCCACCAGCGCCUACACGAACGGCAAGCUCAUGUAA